GGACUGUUUACACAGUUACAACACAGGAAGUCUCCGUUUUACUGCACAGAGCGUAAUGUGUUUGAGUGUUGUGUAGCGAGGGGAAUCUCUUCGGUUUAAGAGCCACAUGGUCGAAUAUUUAAUUCCCACGUACAUCUUGAAGUCGCCGACACAAAGAGCAGCAUGUUCGCGGGGCUGCCGGAGCUCGGCAUAUCCAACGGAGAGGACCUGAAAGAAACGCUCACCAACUGCACGGAGCCUCUGAAAGCCAUCGACCAGUUUCAGAUGGAAAAUGGCAUCCUGCUGCCGACCCUCCAGUCUGCGCUUCCCUUCCUCGAUCUACAUGGAACGCCUCGGCUGGAGUUCCACCAGUCCGUCUUUGACGAGCUUCGAGAAAAGCUGAUGGAGCGAGUCGCCACCAUUGCAGAGGGCAAGGACGAGGACAGAUAUGGGAAGCUUGAAGAGCUGCUGGAGAAGAGCUUUCCCCUUGUCAAAAUGCCGUCCAUUCAGCCAGUGGUGAUGCAGGUGCUGAAGCAUCUACCCAAGGUGCCAGAAAAGAAACUGAAGAUGGUGAUGGCUGACAAGGAGCUGUACAAAGUGUGUGCGGUGGAGGUGAAGAGGCAGAUCUGGCAGGAUAACCAGGCUCUGUUUGGGGAUGAAGUGUCCCCUCUCCUAAAGCAGUACAUUGUGGAGAAGGAAGCAGCUCUGUUCAGCAGCGACCUUUCUAUCCUGCACAAUUUCUUCAGCCCGUCUCCCAAAACACGACGCCAAGGCGAGGUGGUCCUAAAGCUGACUCAGAUGAUUGGGAAGAACGUGAAGCUGUACGACAUGGUGCUGCAGUUUUUAAGAACCCUCUUCCUGCGAACGCGAAAUGUCCACUACUGCACACUGAGAGCAGAGCUGCUGAUGUCUCUUCACGACCUGGACAUAAGUGAGAUCUGCUCUGUGGACCCCUGUCAUAAGUUCACUUGGUGUUUGGACGCCUGCAUCCGUGAGAAGUUUGUGGAUGGCAAGCGAGCCAGAGAGCUGCAAGGUUUCCUAGACGGAGUGAAGAAAGGACAAGAGCAAGUCCUCGGGGACCUGUCUAUGAUCCUGUGUGACCCGUUUGCUUGUAACACUCUGGUUCUGAGUAUCAUCAGGAACCUGCAAGAGCUGCUGAGUCAGGACGCUUUGCCCAGGGACAGUCCAGACCUGAUGCUGCUGCUGAGGAUGCUGUCACUGGGUCAAGGGGCGUGGGACAUGAUUGACAGCCAGGUCUUUAAAGAGCCUCGUUUGGACUUGGAGGUAGUGACCCGCUUCUUGCCUACCAUGAUGUCAGUGGUUGUUGAUGAUCACACCUUCACUGUAGAACAGAAGCUUCCCAGUGAGGAGAAGAGCUCGUUGCCAUACCCCACCACCCUGCCGGAUGCCUUCAGCAGAUACCUGCAGGAGAACAGAGUGGCCUGUGAAAUGGGUCUCUACUACGUCCUCCACAUUGCUAAGCUGAGGAACAAGAACGCCUUACAGAGGUUACUCCCUGCCCUGGCGGAGACCUACAACGACAUGGCCUUUGGGGACAUCUUCCUGCACCUGCUGACGGGACACCUCACCCUGCUCUCUGAUGAGUUUGGAUCAGAAGACUUUUGUUCCGUUGUCUUCGAUGGCUUCCUUCUGACUUCUUUUUCCAGUAAAGAGAACGUCCACAGACAUGCCCUCCGGAUAAUGCUGCAUCUACAUCACAAAGUGCUGCCGUCCUACAUGGAAACCUUGAUGAAAACUCUUGAACCUCCAAAACAGAGCAGCGAGCCAGUGAAGGACCUUUACACUCAGCUGACAGAGAAGAUGGACGCCCAGAAGAAGAGCCCUCCGCCAUCAGAUGAAGCUCCAUCCCUGGACCUGGGGCUGCACCCAGUGACUGUCCCCACUACUGCCUCCACCCCAACCACGCCUCUCUGAGGCACGGCAGAACCAGAGACACCAGAGUUCUACAUCACUGACUGAAUGUAAAUAGAGACGCCAGUUGGCUCAUAUUUUUCAAAAAGACGAGUCAUUUU